AAACCCUAAAACUUGAAGCUUAGCAUCUCUAUCAACCUUCCUCCUUCCUUUUCCUGCUCAUCCUUCUUCUUUCUUCUUCUUAUUCUUUCUCUCUCUCUUUUCCCUUUUUCUUCCUCUCCAGAUCUGGGUUUUUCUCAAAUCUAGAUCUGAUUAUUCUCAAGACCUUCAACUCGAAAGCAGCAUCUGUUGUCCUCUCUUCUUCCCUUAUGAUUAAGGUUUCCAUAACCAAUUCCAGUUUUUUGAUACAACAAGCUCAAAAGGAACAUUGGUGGUGUCAUCGAAGAUGUGGCACGAGGCUCGAAGAUCGGAAAGGAAGGUGCAUGACAUGAUGGAUGCAGCUCAGAGGAGAGCGCAAAAGAGGGCUAUCUUCUUGGCGAAGAGGCACGGUGAUCCUCAACAAUCAAUUUAGCUCAUCGGAUCUCACUACUGCAUCCAUUGCAAUAAUGCUCUCUACUAUGCCACCCAAGACGAGCAAGGCUUGUAAGCCUACUAUAUCCCCUAGUUUUCCGUACUAUUAAUGGUUUAUUUACUGUAAUUCCAUUUUCAUCACAAUUUCAGUAGUUUUUGAGAAUUGCAUUAGAAUUGACCAUUGUUGCACUUGAUUUCAUAUGAUUGUGGAAUGAAAAUGCACGUUUAUU